GCGAAGCUCGACACCCGGCCGCGGGAGAGGAAGAUGAGCAGCCCCAGGUCGGAGCCCCAGGCCCAGCGGACCCCGGGCCGCCCCCAGAGCGCGAGAAGCGGCCGCAGCCACAGCCGCCCCCUCCGGUAGCUGUGCGUUCCGCCGCGGGGACCCGCGCCUGCUCCACCUGCGCGCGCGGCUCACCCGGACGCCGACCUCCCCUCGGCAGCGCGGAGGCGCGUCCCUGCAAGAAGGAGGGAGUAAAUCAAGACCCACCCCGCCAGCCUCUCUUGCUCUCCAGGCUUUUGGAAAGCUUAGAUACUCGGACUUCGGUUCCGGGAAGCGGGCAGCCACCGAGACCCCGGUUCCGAGGGCCGCGGAGGUUGGACAAGGUCCUCACUGAGCGGGAAGCGACGGAUGGCCGAGGUUGGAGGUCAGGCCUCUGGACGUCUGUCGGAGGCCUGAGCUUUGGGGGCUCCUGACCCCACCCUACAGAUUCCACCCCCAGAUCAAACCGUGACCUCCAAAGCUGUAUACUACUGACCACCAUCAUGUCCAUGGCCGGGGUCAACGCCUCCUCCUCCCCUCCGGAGAGACUGAAUAGCCCGGUGACCAUUCCCGCAGUGAUGUUCAUCUUCGGGGUGGUGGGCAACCUGGUGGCCAUCGUGGUGCUGUGCAAAUCGCGCAAGGAGCAGAAGGAGACAACCUUCUACACUCUGGUGUGUGGGCUGGCGGUCACCGACCUGCUGGGCACAUUGCUGGUAAGCCCAGUGACCAUCGCCACGUACAUGAAGGGCCAGUGGCCCGGGGACCAGGCCCUGUGCGACUACAGCACCUUCAUCCUACUUUUCUUCGGCCUGUCGGGGCUCAGCAUCAUCUGUGCCAUGAGCAUUGAACGCUACCUGGCCAUCAACCACGCCUACUUCUACAGCCACUAUGUGGACAAGCGGCUGGCCGGCCUCACGCUCUUCGCGGUCUAUGCCUCUAACGUGCUGUUCUGCGCCCUGCCCAACAUGGGCCUGGGCAGGUCCGAGCGCCAGUACCCCGGCACCUGGUGCUUCAUCGACUGGACCACCAACGUCACGGCCUACGCCGCCUUCUCCUACAUGUACGCCGGCUUCAGCUCCUUCCUCAUCCUCGCCACCGUGCUCUGCAACGUGCUGGUGUGCGGCGCGCUGCUCCGCAUGCACCGCCAGUUCAUGCGCCGCACCUCGCUGGGCACCGAGCAGCACCACGCGGCCGCCGCCGCAGCCGUGGCCUCGGCUGCCUGUCGGGGCCACGCGGCCGCCUCCCCGGCCCUGCAGCGCCUCGGCGAAUUUCGCCGCCGCAGGAGCUUCCGGCGCAUCGCGGGCGCCGAGAUCCAGAUGGUCAUCUUACUCAUCGCCACUUCCCUGGUGGUGCUCAUCUGCUCCAUUCCGCUCGUGGUGCGAGUGUUCAUCAACCAGUUAUAUCAGCCAAGUGUGGUGAAAGACAUCAGCAGAAACCCAGAUUUGCAGGCCAUCAGAAUUGCUUCUGUGAACCCCAUCCUGGACCCCUGGAUCUACAUCCUUCUUCGGAAGACUGUGCUCAGCAAAGCCAUAGAGAAGAUCAAGUGCCUCUUCUGCCGCAUUGGGGGUUCCGGCAGAGAUGGGUCAGCACAGCAUUGCUCGGAGAAUCGGAGGACAUCUUCUGCCAUGUCCAGCCACUCUCGCUCCUUCCUCUCCCGGGAACUGAAGGAGAUCAGCAGCACGUCUCAGACCCUCCUGUACCUGCCAGAUCUAACUGAGAGCAGCCUGGGAGGCAGGAAUUUGCUUCCAGGUGCACAUGGCAUGGGCCUGCCUCAAGCAGACACCACAUCUCUGAGAACUUUGCGAAUAUCAGAGACCUCAGAUUCCUCCCAGGGUCAGGACUCGGAGAGUGUCUUGUUGGUGGAUGAGGUUGGUGGGAGCAGCAGGGAGGACCCUGCCUCUAAAGGAAACUCGCUGCAAGUCACAUUCCCCAGUGAAACGCUGAACUUAUCUGAAAAAUGUAUAUAGUAGCUAAAGCGGGGAGAAAGCACUGCUUUGGAAACUUCUAAAAUCCUGUGCAAUAGACAUACACGUGUUUAGCUGUACUCAGAAGGGCCGUCUUCGCUGCAGCUAUUAGAGAACAUUCGAGUUUGUUGAGUACUCUUCAGUGCUCCAGAUGAGACCCCUGAGUGCCCAGGCCUCAAGCACAUUGGCCGUCACUGUGAUGUGACUCAGGAUUGCAGUUGCAACUUGACAGCUUUUUCUACUGGAUAGAAAGAUGGCACAAACUAUGCUAUUUUCGUAGCAUCAAGAGCUUUCUAUUUGGACGUACCGCAGGUCCAGAUACUGGAAGGGCUCUACCCCAAAUUCUGAGGACUACCUUAUAGCUGAUUUAAGUGUCUCACUAAAGCAUGAAAUGUGAAUUUUUAUUGUUGGAAAUAUAAUUUAAGGUAUUUAUGUUCUUCUCUGUGAGAAGGUUUAUUGUUAAUACAAGGUAUAAAAAAAAAUUAUGAUACACCCUCUCCUGCCAGUAUAACCAGCUAAUAUUGUCUGUGUUAUUUUUUUUUUCCAUAACUAAGUUCAGGCCAAAAUAUUGAAAACAAGGGUGAAAUAUCUAUAAAAUAGAUAUAAAUUUUUCAAAAGUUUAGUAUUAUCAAAGGAAAAAAGAAAAAUAUUUAAGAUGUGAAAAUUAAAGUUUAAAAUAUAUUUUCCAAGCUAUAUAUAAUGAAAAAAUUAGAAACAUAGUAUUACAUUUAUUUAUCCAGAAAACUGUGACUUCAGGAGUACCUAACAUUGCUGGUAAAUAUUUUCAACCUCUGUCCCCACUAAUUAGUAUUUUUAAAGAUGUAAUAUACUUUUUUAAAGUCUCUAGCUACCCAUAAGUGAAAUGUAUAGUAUAAAAAGUCUAAGUAGCUUGUUCUGUCCUAAAGUGUUUGUAGUUUUACUUGCUGACAGAAUGUCUGCCAACAUCCUUUAAAACUUCAAGAGGAAGAUGUCUUUACAGAAAGAGAUGCAGAUAGCUCUCUGGUAUGGUUUCCACUUUGUUGUCUGUGUCAAGAGAUAAUGACAGCUUCGUGUAACUCCCAGUAAUAGUGUACCUGUGUUUGGAGGAGCAUCCCUGGAGAAAUAUUAAGCAUGUUUUGUUGCUUAAAGUGUCCUUGUGAAUUGCUUGGUUGUGAUUAAAUUCUGAGCCUGAUACUGAUAUGAUUUUAAAGAGUAGCUGAAGUGACUGAAAUUAUUCUGGAGAUUACAAUAAAUAAUUGCAUUUAA